GUUCAGGUGACUGAGUGUGGGAAGCCUUUGUCAUAGGGUAAAAGUUGCACACCCCUGGGCUGUAGGCUGCACACUUUGGGUCAAAUAUCAGGUUCUGUAGCUGGGUAUUUUAUCAGAACAAAUCUGUUCUACAAUGAUUAUUUUCCUUAGCUCAGGGUUGUUUUGCCUAUUGAUGGCAGCUGUGGGCAUACAAGCACAACAGACACCUUCUAUAAAUGACCUCAACGCUGAAUGCCUUGGUAACGUUAUUCGUUUGAGUGUCGCUCCUCUUUUUGAAGAGGUUGACACUGUCUUCAAUGACACACAAAUCAUAAACCUGACGCCUGGACUUGCUACUCAGUGUGGAUUCAGCUUUAAAUUUGACCCCAUGGGGAAUGCCAUGUUUUUUGCUUCUCUUCAAAACUGCUUUUCCCAAAACAUGGAUGAUAAGAUGUUCAGCUUGGUCAUGCAGUUCAGGCUGCCAGGAAACCACAUGACUGAAGACCCUGUUUAUAGAGUGGGCAAAACCUGUAGCUACACCCCCUGGACCUCCCGAGAGAUUCUGUGCGACCGCAACUACAUGGAGGUGUCUGUCAGAAGGACUCUUCCAGACAUCCAAACCAUCCCCAAACAGCCCACUGGGGGCCCGAAAGCAAGGAGCGGCAACUUCCGGAGGGGAGCUGAGGCUGUUGCUUCAGGAUACAAAAUGACAGCAGUCGUCUUUAGUCCUAGCAAGAAUGUCAUGAAUGUGGAUGAGGUCCAAAGGAAGGGCUAUGCAAUAGCCAACACUCUCACACGGCUGGUGUUAAGAAGCCCUCAUAAUGCAGAGGAGACAUACCUCCAGAAUGUAGCUGGGGUUCCGAUGCGGGUGCUCUCAACCUCAACCUUCUUUGAGCAGAAGUGGCUGGUUACUCGAGUAGAUGCCACGGCUGUUUGUCCAACACCAGAGGCAGUGGCCUUUACUCCAGAAGUGAUCACCUGGUACAUGCCCAAGCACAUAGACCCACUUUUCUCCUCUGAUGCCUUCACCAUGUUGGAGGUGUACAUGGGAAUUGACGCUAAGAGGCUGGACACUGAGGAAAUGGCUGCCAGAAACUACUCGGUUUUAGUCACAGAGGCUCAUAUUAUUGUUGAAAUUCCGGUGGGGGCGGUUGGCGGCAACUUCAAGAGCCAUAUUCAGGAUGACCAGUACUUUGUCACUUACACCAUUGAGCCCAUGCUUGAGUUGCUGUGGAUCGAGGAGGUCGCACACGAGAACACCAGCUAUAAAGUCCUCUUCCCUAUCACAUUUAAGGAGAGAAGGGCGGAACAAGGUGUCACAACCUUCACUCUUCAGCUGAUCUACGGCCUGGUCAUCUUUCCAGAGUACGCUCCUUUCUCUCACUCUGCCGUUGUGGACGCUGUACUGCUGGACAUUGUGCCACCCUCAGUCACUGGCAACUGUGAUCAGGAGAACUUCCACAUCACUGUGGACUACAGGAACCAAGAGCCCUUUUUUGUGGUCUUGGUUGGCAAGCGGCUGCUUAACCAUGAGUUUGCUCAACAGUAUUUAACAGAGGGCGACACAGACUUCACCAUCACGUUGCCCUUCUCUUCGCCGGACGCAGUGUUUGAGUCGGUUCACUCGUCCUCUGUCAGGAGCAGACUGGAUGUGGCUCUGUUGAAUCCUUACAACAACAUGACCAUCAAAUACUUUUCCCUGGCUUGCAGCUUCCUCAAAACGCUGACUGAGUGUUUCUCUAACGGAACGAUGACUGCGCUGGCAGUGAAGGUGGAGUCUGCUCCCGGUCUGAACCCCGGUCAGCUGACCCUGAGCGACCCCGCCUGUGGUCCCACCUACAGUGACGAUCGCUUCGCCUACUUCCACUUCACUGUGAACUCCUGUGGCACCACCAGGAAGUUUAUCAACAAUGUCAUGCUGUAUGAGAACGAAAUCUCCUUGCCAGAUGAACUUGAGGUGAAGCUGAAUGCCACGACGUCUUCAGAGGAGGAAUAUCAGUUAAAGGUUUCCUGCUCCUAUGUGGCCAACAUCACUCGCACAUUGGCCUUCCUGACCAGGCCGCGUGACAACGAGCCUUUUGCCGAGACUGGGACAGGUCGACUAAUGGUCAGAAUGAGACUCGCUCAGGACGCCUCGUAUAACACGUUCCACCAGGAGGAGGACUAUCCAGUGGUGAGGUACCUGAGACAGCCUCUGCACUUUGAGGUGGAGCUGACCACGUCCUCUGAUCCCAAGGUAGCGCUGGUGCUUGACCACUGCUGGGCCACCCUCAACGAGGACCGCGACUCCCGACCCCGGUGGAAUCUCAUCAUUAAUGGCUGUGAGAACCCAGAGGAUCCAUACCGUGUGGUCUUCCACCCGGUAGAAGCUGACGCCAGGGUCCGCUUCCCCCCUCACGUCAAACGCUUUGAGGCCUAUAUGUUUUCCUUCGCCGGUGAUGCGGUUGAGCCGAGUGGCCAGGUCUUUGUCCAUUGUGAUGUGGUCAUCUGUGAUGCCAGUAGUCCCACUGGCGGCCCCUGUAGUGGACAAUGUGUGAAUCAGGACAACCUGAAAAGAGGUCAACGACAUGUCAAAGACUUCUUUGAGGAGCGUCAUGUAUAUGUUUCUUCUGGAUACAUUCUUUGGGUGUAAUGUAUUGUUCUAACAUGUCAAAUAAAGUGUUCUAUAUAAAACAAUCCUAA